AUGGCCAAGGUAUUCAACGACAACCUGUUGCCCACGUCUGCGGCGAAGUCGGAGCUCAAGAACUACGAGUCCGGUGACGGUCUUAGCGUCUCUGAGCUUAUCAACUCUCGCAAGAACGGUGGCUUGACAUACAAUGACUUUUUGGUCUUGCCGGGCUACAUUGACUUCCCGGCGUCGAAGGUCGACCUUCGCACUCGGGUUACGAAGAAGAUCGUCUUGAACGCUCCGUUCUUCUCGAGUCCUAUGGACACUGUGACAGAAGUCAACAUGGCGAUCGCCAUCGCUCUCAUGGGUGGUAUGGGUGUGAUCCACAACAACAUGUCCCCACAGGAGCAGGCCGCUAUGGUCCGCAAGGUCAAAAUGUUCGAGAAUGGCUUCAUUACAGAGCCCAUGGUUCUCAGCCCGAAUGAGACGGUGGGCGACGUGAUGGAGAUUAAGGAGCGUCUCGGUUUCGCCGGUAUCCCGAUCACAGAAAGCGGUGGCUUGAAGAGCAAACUCAUUGGUAUCGUGACAGCGCGUGACAUCGAGUUCCGUGACCCGGCUACUCCGCUGUCGUCGAUUAUGACCACUGAGCUGGUGACGGCCCCUAUGGGUGUCAGGCUGGAGGAGGCCAACCGCAUUCUGCGUGAUAGCAAGAAGGGCAAGCUGCCGAUUGUCGACAAGGAGGGCAACCUGAUUGCGCUUCUUGCUCGCUCGGACUUGCUGAAGAACGAGGACUACCCUCUGGCGUCGAAGGACCCUGAAAACAAGCAGCUGUACUGCGCUGCCGCGAUUGGUACACGCCCGCACGACCGUGAACGUCUGGCACUCCUGGUGGACGCUGGUCUCGACGUGGUUGUGCUCGAUUCGUCGCAGGGCAACUCGACGUACCAGGUGGAGAUGGUCCACUGGAUCAAGUCGACGUACCCCAACUUGCAGGUGAUUGCCGGCAACGUCGUGACGCGUGAGCAGGCUGCGACGCUGAUUGAGGCGGGCGCCGAUGCGCUCCGUGUGGGUAUGGGCAGUGGUUCGAUCUGCAUUACGCAGGAGGUCAUGGCUGUGGGUCGUCCGCAGGGCACGGCCGUGCGCCAGGUGGCAGAGUUCGCGAGUCGCUUUGGCGUGCCUGUGAUUGCCGAUGGUGGUAUCCAGAACGUGGGUCACAUUGCCAAGGCCUUGUGCCUGGGCGCAAGCGCGGUUAUGAUGGGUGGUCUCUUGGCCGGUACCACGGAGAGCCCGGGUGAGUACUUCUAUCGUGAGGGCCAGCGUCUUAAGGGCUACCGUGGUAUGGGCUCCAUUGAGGCAAUGGAGCACCAGAGCAAGAAGCGCAAGCGCAUUGACGGUGCUACCGGCCGUGCCACGAAGAAGCUCGACCAGAUAGGCACCGAUGUCGCGUCAGAGAACGCUGCGACGCAGCGUUACUUCUCGGAAGGCGAUGCCGUGAAGGUGGCCCAGGGUGUGUCUGGCUCGGUGCAGGACAAAGGCAGUGUGAAGAAGUUCCUGCCCUACCUGUACACUGGUCUGCAGCACUCUCUGCAGGACAUGGGUAUGCAGAGCAUCGAUGCGCUGCGUGACGGUAUCAACAAUGGUGCGGUGCGCUUUGAGCUGCGUACUGCCAGCGCCCAACUGGAAGGCGGUGUGCAUGGCCUUGCGCACUAUGAGAAGCGUCUGUUCACUUCGUAA